AUGACUGGAGUCGUAUGCGACCAUUAUAACUCAUCUUUGAUCACACCUCAACAAUCAUUUCCAGAUAACUAUAAAACUAAUGGGAAUCUGGGCUAUAUGAAUUGUUUUACCUACGUUCCAUGCCAACAAGGCGGUUUUGUCGUUGGAAACAACUACAACUUUUCAGAAGGUUACUCUAUAGAUCCUUGUUGCAACAUAAACUCCAUGAAUUCAAAGGGAAAUUACUAUUAUUAUAACGACAACGACUCGAACUAUCCCCCGAACUGGAACUAUACAAAUGACUACAAGUUUUCUGACGGCUACAACUUUAACCAGUGCCCAAAUUUCUAUCAUCAAAACAAUUCUUACUUAAAAAAUUGUGAAAACAAUGUUUGCACAGACGGCAACAAUCCAUGUAAUGGAAAAGAAUACUUUGAAGUCAAUGGAACAGAAGUAUUACCAGAGGGUACUAGUGAGGAGAGAAGAUGUGUUAAUUUUACACCAAGUUUUUUUUCCUCUAAUUCAGCAUUUAAAAGAAUACCCUUACAGUCUGGAAGGUCGAUAUUUAGGAGAAGAAGACCAGGAGAUUGCGCUAAUGAAUGGAGUAACGCAUUCAAUAAAGAUUAUGAAAGUGUAGAAGUUCGUGGAGAUGAACAAAUAAAUAACUAG